AUGUUAGAAACACUGAAGGAGCUUGGAAUAUUUUUUAAAUACUCGCCAAAACGAAGCAGAAGAUUAGAGCAGGCUGUUUCGGAAAUAAAUGGUAACAGAGAGAAAAAGGACCAAAUAACCACACAAAAGUUCAAAUUAUUCUGUGAAAGACGGUGGGCUGAAAAACAUUCAACUCUUAACAAUUUUGAUAUCAUGUAUGAAGCUAUACUUAUCUGCCUCUCUGCCAUUUGUGGUUGCCCCUUGGAGUGGGAUAGUAAAACCAAAACGGAAGCUUUUGGGUAAAAAAAAUUAUCUGACUCAACAUUUAUAGCUGCAUUUCAGUCAGUAAUUUUUGUCUUUGGUUACACAAGUGGUUUGUGUAGAAAAUUACAAGGUUCGACCUUAGAUGUCAUCCAAACCUUUACACUUGUAGAUGAUAUCAAGAAAGUCCUCGCAACAGCUAGAUGUGAUGAAGAACAGUAUGAACAAGUGUAUGAGAAAAUGUGCAACAUGGCAAAGCAUGCUCAUUUAGAUGGACUCACCAUUCCCAGACGCUGUGGUAGACAAACUCUUAGGGAUAAUGUUGAAGGUGAUACAGCAAAAGUAUAUUUUAAACGAGUGACUUUCAUACGGUUCUUAGACGCCAUUAUAAUGCAGUUCAGUAACCGCUUUGGAGACGCUGCAGGUCUAACUGAGAGAGGGCUUAAGUUAUUGCCAGCAAACCUUGACAACACUACUAGUGCAGAUAUUAGUGAAUUACUAGCCCACUUUGGAGAUGAUAUCCCCUCGCUUUCCACUUUUAGUCAGGAAAUCACUAUUUGGAAAACCAUGUGGGGUAGAUUUUCUGACACGGAAAAACCAAGUACAUUUGUUGAAACAAUGACUAAUAAGAUAGUCUGUGAAACAGUAUUUCCCAACAUUACCAAGAUAUUGUUUAUUUUACUCCUCUCAUCUGUUACUUCAUCUGGGGUUGAAAGAGCUAACUCCACAUUAAGAUUCAUAAAAAAUAAUAUGAGAAGUACCAUGGGUGAAGACAGAUUUAAUGCUCUGAUACUCCUUUACAUACACAAAGAUAUACCACUCCCUAUAGAUGCAGUUAUAGAUAUGUAUGCUGGCCAAUAUCUAAGAAGAAUGCUGUUCAUCAAUCCCUUAAGUUAAAUUUAAGAACGUGAUGAAAGUAGAUUAAGACGAAUAUUCCAGCGUUUUGACUUUCUGUAAUAAAAAAUAAUAUGUAAUAUGUACUCUUGCGUUGUCUAUCA